AUGAACCAUGCGUCCUCUUCGUCGUCAAGGGACCAAGCAGCAGCAACGCCAACAACAGAAUCACAAGCACAGGUGCAACUACCUGUUUCAACAUCGACGACUACGACCUUCCCAAUAACUGAUCUGACCACUCAUCCGUCUUCUAUUCCCCACCCUACCAGCGUCAACACUUUCAAUACCAUCGAUAUUCCCUAUACAGAGAGCUCUUACAGCAGCAGCAACGUCUCUCCUGCCUCAACGAGUACCCCGGCCACUCCCAUUACAGGUGCCGGUAAUACUGAACGCAUCGCUACCACCAGAAGCCCAUCUGUCUCUGCUGCCGGCACUUCAACUAAAACCGCUUCAGUCGCUUCGACUACCUCAGCUUCAUCCGACCUCGUUGCACCAUCAGCAGCCCCUCCAGCUAAAGCAAAGCGUGUCCGGACAAGCUACCCGCCCCCUAGUCGCAGUUCCCGUCCGUUCGAGGAGAUCCGGAUCGCUCCAAAGCCGAUGCCAGCAUACGAUGCCCAAGCAUCUUCAAGCACUUCCAUUGCUCCUCUCCACGGCGACUACCAUCUCCUGCCACGUCGGGCCCAUCAAAGAUCAAUUUUGAGGACCACAUCCCCAGGGACUACUUCACCGUCACCCACUACCUACCGUCCAUCCUCCGCUAUGCAGAUUCAACCAAAUGAAUCCUUCUACUUUGACAUAUUCCGCUCACAUACUGCUAACGAGCUUUCUGGCUUCUUCAACAAUCUCUUCUGGACGCACUAUGUAUUGCAGGCGUGCCACUCUGAAGAUGCCAUCAAAUGCGCUGUUAUUGCACUGGGUGCUCUGUAUCAGACUCUCGAGCAGACAGCUGCCCUGAAUAUGCACAGUGGAUCCGAGAUGGGUGGUGACGCGCGUGUCGAGCUUGUCAGGGGUCAUUGGCAAGUUGCCAUUAGGAGAUAUGGUGAUGCAUGCAAUGCUUUGGUGAAACUAAACACCCAAGACCAGAGAUCACACAGGACCUCGAUAAUGGCGAAUGUGCUUCUGGCCUGCUUUGAUUCCUUUAUUGGUGAUCACAGGCAGGCCAUUCACCAGAUCCAGACGGGACUUGGCCUGCUCGACAUCUUCCGCACUCAACAAAGACAAAGACUCCUUCCAGUUUCCGAAAAUUCGCUGGAGGAGGAAUUGGUUAUCAUUUUUACUCGCCUGGCGAUUCAAGCAAAGUCCUACGAUAUGGCAUUCCACUUCCCCCAGCCGUUCAGUAUAAGGCUCAGCUCACAAUCGCAAACACAAUCUCCUGGUCCGAGUGGCACAACUACCCCUUCGCAAGAGGAGCCCUUCUCGAUCCCUGAAACUUUUACAUCUGUUGUCGAAGCUCGAGUGGCCUGUGAUGCGUUAAACGCUAGAAUUAUGAGAUACAUCGAGGAGCUUUUCGCCAUGAAGACCGACCUCAAGAGUACCCUACCCCAAUCGUGGCUUGACUAUGGUCUUCAUUUCAAGGAUUACCUGGACGCUUGGGGAAAAGCGUUCGACAACCUAUUUUUCACACGGCACAAUCCUUCUGUCAGCCUUCAGGAGAAAGCAGGCAUUGCUGCACUGAAAAUGCUGUCCACGAAUUCAAGAAUCCUGUACCUCAUGAUGUUCAGUGAUAAGGAGUCUGACUUCGACAACUUUCUUCCUCAGUUUCAAACAAUAGUCGAUCUUGGUACCGAAAUAGUCGGUGACGAAGAGAGGCGAGCCGCCUCGCGCGAUUGCCCCGAUCCUGAGAAAUGCCAACAUCGCCAGCGCGAAAAUUGGCAAAGCCAGGACUUGUUCCCGGCCAUGGGAUUCUCAGCUCCGCAUCUCAAGCCCAGGUUCGCAGCUGACAUAGGGAUUGUUGCUCCUCUGUUUGUCGUCGCAACCAAAUGUCGCGAUCCAGGAACAAGGCGCCGAGCUAUUCAGCUUCUACGCAGCAGUGCCCGCCGUGAGGGCAUGUGGGAUAGCGAGAUGGUUGCAAAUAUUAGUGCAUGGGUCAUGAAUCUUGAGGAGUCAGAGGCGCUGUCCAUGGGGGUCGAGUCGUAUCAUGUCGACGGCAUCACGAGGCCCAUACCACGAAUAGUCCCUGAAGAAAAGCGCUUCACAAUUCGUUCCGUUGACUUCGACCUUCGAACUCGAGUUGCGGACCUUCAAGUUGGCACUCGCGGUCUGCCACCUGGUAUUCCUGAUUCUAAAUUUCGUCAAACUCGGCUGAACUGGUAG